CUGAUUCAGCAAAGCUGCGAAGUACGAACUUUCUCUCUUUCUCGAUGGUCGCUGCAUCGUCGGCUUCCUUCGCAGCAACUUGCGCGAUCUCUCUCUCUCUCUCUCUCUCUGUGACAGCCAUUUCUCUUGUGCCUAUAUAAAUAUAUAGAGAGAGACAGACACAUACACACGUAUAUGCAAAUAGUAGCUUGUAUCAUAUUCAAUUCUUGGGUCAAAUACUCGGACAGACUUUUGGCGACGACCCUUCAGUCAAUUCAAACCUCCGCGUCUUCUAGUCGUUAUUACUGGCAGCAGCUGUACGAGUUUCAAAUCUUCACCGAAGUCUUUUACUUUUUGGCUCACUUGUUUCUGGUUCGGCUUUCCCUCGCCGGCACUUGGUUUGUUUUGCUUUUCUUUGAGGUUUGCCCAUUUGGGUUUCUUUAAAUGGAGUAGAAGAUCAGAUCUCUUUGCGUGAAUCUUAAUUCUGUUUAGAGAUUUCAUGUGGAGCAUCAUCGAUUGGAUGAGCAUCAUCUGUAGAUGAUGUUUUUGAACUGAUGCUUGCGUGGAGAAUAGGAAUUUAGUUACAAGCUAUAGCGGAUUGCAGAAUAGGGUUGAGUUGACUUAUAUAUAUGUAUAUUCAUUAUUCGUGUAAGAAUAACCAAACAUUUUAAAAAUGAUAGUCAAGAAAAACAUGGGACGUGCAAAGUCAGGACUUGUGCUGAUUAUGGCGCUUGGGUUUUUCUUUGCCACUUAUAAUUUGCUAUCUAUGAUUGUGAACAGCAAAGAAUCCAAUUCUGGAAGUUGGGUGGUUGAUGGGUUGGAAUUGUUUGAUCCUGUUUUAACGAUGCCUGGAAAGGUGAUUGGAUCAGCAGAAUCUAAUUCAAAAUUUCAUGUUGCCUUGACUGCAACUGAUGCUGCUUACAGCCAAUGGCAAUGUCGGAUUAUGUAUUACUGGUACAAGAAGGUAAAGGACAUGCCUGGAUCAGACAUGGGAAAGUUCACCCGAAUUCUGCAUUCCGGCCGGGCAGAUCAGUUGAUGGAUGAGAUUCCAACUUAUGUUGUUGAUCCACUUCCUGAGGGCUUGGAUCGGGGUUAUAUUGUCCUAAAUAGACCAUGGGCUUUUGUUCAAUGGCUGGAGAAAGCAACUAUUGAGGAAGAAUAUAUUCUAAUGGCAGAGCCUGACCACAUAUUCUUAAGGCCAUUGCCAAAUUUGGCUCAUGGAACCAAACCAGCAGGUUAUCCAUUCUUCUAUAUAAAACCAGCUGAAAACAAAAAAAUAAUUAGGAAAUUCUAUCCUGAGGAGAAGGGUCCUGUUACUGAUGUUGAUCCCAUCGGCAAUUCUCCUGUAAUCAUUCAUAAGUCCUUACUGGAGGAAAUUGCUCCCACAUGGGUGAAUAUUUCGUUGCGAAUGAAAGAUGACCUGGAGACUGAUAAGGCCUUUGGAUGGGUUCUUGAAAUGUAUGCAUAUUCUGUGGCAUCUGCUUUGCAUAAUGUACAGCAUAUUCUCCGAAAAGACUUCAUGCUUCAGCCACCUUGGGACUUAGAUGCUAGAGAGAGGUUUAUACUCCAUUAUACAUAUGGAUGUGACUACAAUCUAAAAGGGCAGCUAACAUAUGGAAAAAUUGGAGAAUGGCGUUUCGACAAGAGAUCGUAUCUUAUGGGUCCUCCACCAAAGAACCUUUCCUUGCCCCCACCUGGGGUUCCUGAAAGUGUGGUGAGACUUGUAAAGAUGGUCAAUGAAGCUACUGCUAACAUACCAAAAUGGGAAACACUGAACAGAAGCUGAUUAAAAAGGUUAGAAGGGACCAUAUCAAGGUUUACUUGUGUCAUUGAUUCUGGUGACCACAAUAUGAGAAGUACCAAAUCCUAAAAUAUACAAGUUGUGGUGGUGGGUGGCGGUGGUGGUGAGAGAUUAGUUUUAGCAAAGGGGAAAUGUGAUAGAUGCAAAGAAUGCUUUUGUACUUUUGUUCUGCAAAUAGAGUUUUGUUAGUCACUUUCUCCAUUGCUUUCAAUAUGUAAAAAACGCUUACAGCUUCUUACAUGGUUAAUUUUUUUUC